AUGGCGAUGAAAUGGCUUGUAAUACUCCUAUAUUCUACUGUUUUAUUUAUUCAUAUUACAGGAUUGGAAUAUCCAAUGUUAUCAUCCAGUGCUUGCUAUGGUGUUGAUUUACCUUGUACCAGUCAUCAUUUACAAUGUGCUCCAGGUUCUGUUAUCACUAUCAUAACAGCACAUUACGGUUAUAAACAGCAGUGUGAAACAGCUAUCUCCUGUUCUAAAUGUUGUUGGUAUACAGAUGGUGACUGUUUGAUAGAAUAUAACCCCAAGCAUUAUCAGAAGCUAUUUAAGAGCUGUUCCUUACAGAAUGAAUGUUUAUAUCGUGCACCAUGGGUUGCCUCGACAUUAUGUUCUCGAUAUAAACAAAUAUUAGCACCUAGUGUGUAUUCUUAUAUCACUUACAGAUGCAAUGAAGUUAUUGGUAUGGGAAAUGCCAACGAGAAUAUUCCUGCUAUAACUCCAGUGAAAGAAUUUGGUGUAGGAUCAAUGGUAGUUAGUAUCGUCUGCUCUCUUUUAUUGGUAGUUCUACUGAUCAUUAGUGGUGUUAUCUUCAAACUAGGAUAUUGUAACAGGAUAUGCAAAAAGAUAACAAUCCGGAAUGAGAGAAAAAAUAAUGAAGAGGAGACACCAGAAUAUUAUGAGUGCGAAUCCAUUAGUGAAUCUGUACCGGAUGUCAUCAGCAAUUCCUUAUAUUCACAACCUUAUGACCGACCAUCUGGUUCCAAUACACCUCAUGUUAACUAUAUAGAUUCACUGUAUGCUAAACCUAUGAAAAAGACUAAGCGAGGUAUGCAGAGGCACCUAGCUCUCAAAGGUAAUUCUGUGACAAGGUCUUCUGUGGAAACUGCAAUGGAAAGUUGCUAUUAUCUGAAAAGUGACCUUUUAACCCCAUAUGGUAGUGAUGUUAUAUUAGGUGAGCAUGAUUAUGCUACUAUUUAUAAAUCAGAAGGGGAGGAAGAGGAGGUAGAAGACAAAGAACAACUUCGUGAAAGAGUCUCCGUCAUCAGUACGUCAUCUUCUGCUUUAGUUAACUAUGAUAGACUGAAAUUCACAUCGGAGGAUAAAAUGACUGAAUUCGACCCAAAUUACGAUCAUCUAAAGUGUUGUGGAUAUAAUUUAAAGAUCUGUAAGAGGAAUUCUAGUUCAUCACGAAAGAUUGCUACAGGUCACUCCGAUCGUGUGGACAGAGCAAGCCAUUUUUCUUCUGUCAAUUCCAAUUAUGAACAAAUAAGCUUAUCAGGUGAGGGCGGUGCCCCAUGUCUCAAAGUUGAAAUACACAAAGCAGGUAAUAAUGAAAUAGAUGAUCAAGAGCGGUCGUCUGGUCGUUGCCGAGAGAGCACAUCCGAUAUGGGAUUUAAUCAAACCAAACACGGGGACGUUUGCAGGUGCUCGGAUAAGCAGGACGAUGAAGGGGCGGAGACGAACGGUGGAAGUAUUGAACGAAAGGACAAUUGCUAUGAUUGUUGUGGCCAUCGCAUUAAUGAUGUUGACUCGCGUGAUAUCAAUGUUUGUGGACAACCAAGUAUUACUGAAGAUAAUGAUAUAAUAUGUAAUAUUAUUGAUAAUGAAUAUAAGUUUUGUUAUAAUAAUGAUAAUGAUAUAGAAAGUGACAGUGAAUAUAAUAACACUGCAGUUAUAUAA